UGACAGUUGUCUGUGGCACAGCCGCAGCCGAGUCCGGUGGGUUUGGGCACCUGUGGCCCGGCUCUCUGCGCGUCCCCGUCCCCCCCGUGGCCCGGGCCCCGGCCAUGAAGCGCAUCUUCUCCUGCUCCAGCUCCCAGGUGGCGGUGGAGAGAUGGAACCGUCGUGACCAGAAGCUGCUGGAGGCAGUGCAGCGGGGGGACGUGGGACGCGUGGCUGCCUUGGCCUCCAGGAAGUCUGCCCGACCCACCAAGCUAGCCUCGAAUGGCCAGUCCCCGUUUCAUCUGGCAGCCUCCAAAGGCCUGACAGAGUGUCUGACUGUACUGCUUGCAAAUGGGGCUGACAUCAACAGCAAGAAUGAGGAUGGAAGCACUGCCUUGCACUUAGCUACUAUUUCCUGCCAGCCACAGUGUGUCAAAGUCCUGCUUCAGCAUGGUGCUAAUGAAGAUGCUGUGGAUGCAGAAAACCGUAGUCCAUUGCACUGGGCAGCCUCCUCUGGCUGUGCCUCAAGUGUGCUCCUGCUAUGUGACCAUGAAGCCUUCCUGGAUGUGUUGGAUAAUGAUGGACGUACACCCCUGAUGAUCGCUGCGCUGGGUGGUCACACUGCUAUCUGCUCACAGCUGCUGCAGAGAGGAGCCCGAGUUAAUGUUACAGACAAGAAUGACAAAUCGGCUUUGAUCCUGGCCUGUGAGAAAGGCAGUGCUGAGGUGGCUGAACUGCUCCUGAGUCAUGGAGCAGAUGUGGGGGCUGUGGACAGUGCGGGGAACGAUGCUCUGCAUUAUGCUCGGCACACGCAAGACGAGGCCCUGUGGAGGCUGCUGCAGCUGGCCCUGAACCGGCGGCGGCGGGGAGGUCAAAGGCUAGUCCAACACCCAGAUCUUGCAUCCCAGGCCUCUCCAUCUGAGCCCCAGGCGGGUUCUCCAUCCAAGAGCCCAUGGAGAGCAGAGCCUGAGGAGGAGCAUGAGGAAGAGGAGGAUGAAGACCCAUGCUCAGAUGAGUGGAGGUGGAAGUAUGAAGAAGAGCAGGGGAAAGUGGCUCAGUUGGAGCAGGAGCUGGUGCGAAAGACAGAAGAGUGUAAGACUCAAGCCGCAGCCUACCUGGGCUUGGAGAACCAGAUUCGAGAGCAGGUCCAGGAGCUAGGGCUUCUCCUGUCUCAAGAGCCUGGAACUCCAGGAGGGUCUAGUCUUCGACCUGGAGGGGAUGGCAUGGAGCAGGGUUGUCCCCUGGACCUGCUGGCUGAGCGGAUACAAGAGCUAAAGAAGCAGCAGCAGGCAGCAGCCAUGGUAAACCCAACAUUAGCUCCCAAGAAGGCCAAGGAUUCAGCCCCAGGAGAGAUUCAACAUGAGGUCCAUGGAAGGGCCCAUCCAGAACAGCAGCCACCCCAGAGCCCACGAUCUGAGACCUUAGGAAAAACCACAGGACAGCAACAGACUACACGUGGGGGACAGACCCAUGGCUCUGAGCAUACUGACCAGCCUCCUGCUAGCCAGAAGGAAAGGCCCCAGGUUCUGGGGAUUGAACCAGGAGGCACCGCGGUUGAACGAGUGGGCCCAGCAACAGCCAUGAACCAGCUCCUGCUACAACUAAGGGAGGAGCUGGCUGCAGUGUGGCGAGAAAAAGAUGCUGCCCGGGGGGCUUUGUCACGAUCCAUCCUGGAGGGAGCCCUGGGGACUCACCGGGCUGAGGCUGCAGCAGCUGCCUGGGAGAAGAUGGAGGCCCGGUUAGAGCGGGUGCUAGUGAGGCUGGAUCAGGCAAAAGCAGGACUACAGGUGAAACCGGAGGCUCUCGCCCAGGAGUCCAGAGAGGGAGCCCCAAAGGCAGUCUCAGGGAUCAUCCAACAGGAUGAAGAGAAGGAGAAAAGGGCUUCUGGGUCUCGGGGAGAGCCUCUGGGGGCCCCUGGAGGAGAACAGUCUCCAGGAGGAGGCCUGGCGAAGGGACAGCUGGAGAGGGAGGUGUCAGCGCUCAGACUGAGCAACAGUAACUUGCUGGAGGAGUUGGGGGAGCUGGGGCGUGAGCGGCAGAGGUUGCAGAGGGAGCUGCAGUCCCUGAGCCAGCGACUACAGCGGGAGUUCGUGCCCAAGCCAGAGGCGCAGGGCCAGCUCCAGCAGUUGAGGCAGAGUGUGGGGCUACUGACAAAGGAACUGGCCACGGAGAAGGAGGCCACAGAGAAGCUGCGGAAACGCCUGGCCUGUCAGAGCAGUGGCCUCCGAGGGCUAUGGGACUGCCUGCCACCCGACCUAGUAGGCAAGGGGCGUGCACGGAGCCAAGCGGCCGAGCCCCUGGAGGAGCUGCAAGCCUGCAUCAGUACCCUGGUGCACCGGCACCGGGAGGCCCAGCAGGAGCUGGGUCGGCUGGAGGAGGAAAACCAGCACCUGCGGGGGUCCCUGGCCUCCUGUGGGGAGCCAGGCGCCUCCUCAGAGGCCCCAGCAUCCCCACAAGUGGCCGCUCUGGAGCAAGACCUAGGGAAGCUGGAGGAAGAGCUGCGGGCGGUUCAGGCCACGAUGAGCGGGAAGAGCCAGGAGAUCGGGAAGCUGAAGCAGCUGCUCUACCAAGCCACGGAGGAGGUGGCUGAGCUGAGGGCCCGAGAGGCCGCCAGCUUGCGGCAGCACGAGAAAACCCGGGGCUCGCUAGUGGCCCAGGCCCAGGCCUGGGGGCAGGAGCUAAAGGCUCUGCUGGAAAAGUACAACACGGCCUGCUGGGAGAUGGGCCAGCUGCGGGAGGCGGUGGCCGAGGAGCGACGCAGGAGCGGGGACCUGGCGGCCCAGGCCGCGGAGCAGGAGCGCCAGACCGGCGAGAUGCGCGGGCGCUCCGAGCAGUUUGAGAAAACAGCGGAGCUGCUCAAAGAGAAGAUGGAGCGUAUCGUUGGGGCCUGCCGGGACAAGGAGGCCAAGAUCAAGGAGUUGUUGAAGAAGCUGGAGCAGCUUUCAGAGGAGGUUCUAGCAGUUCGAGGAGACAAUGCUCGCCUUGCCCUGCAGCUACAGGAUUCCCAGAAGAACCACGAAGAGAUCAUCUCCACCUACAGGAAUCAUCUGCUGAAUGCUGCUCGGGGCUACAUGGAACAGGAUGUGUACAAUAUCCUAUUGCGAAUCCUAAGUGUGCAAGAGGCGUGAGGUCACCUCACCAUGUGCCCUCAGGUACAUAGGAUUUCCCUGCUGGAAUAAGAGCCUCCCUGGUUGACAGAGGCUCCAUCAGGCUGUGGUUGGGGCGGGGAUUGGCCACUAGGGGGUGAUGUGGGCGGGGCUUUGCUUUGUCUUGGAUACAGACCUGAGACCAUGGACCUUGGAAUCCGCAUGGAUGAGAACAUGAGGUGUGGAUGAAAACAAACUCUGGAAAAUAAAGCAGGAGGCAG